CGCGCGCUCCGUAGCCAGGGCGCCUGUCCCGUCCAGUCCGGGAGCAGCAGCCGCGGCAGCAGCUUUCGCCGGGGAGCGCGAAAGGACCCCAGGAUCCCGAGCGCAGGCUCCCAGCCCCCGCGGGCCAGACUGAUUUUGAGAGGAGGAGAAGUGGGGGGCGUCGGCGGCGAAGCCCGGGAUCCGCUCCGGGCCCGGCAGAAACCGGACAGCUGCUCCGGAGCAUGUGCCAGCGGCUCCAGAUGCCAGACUAUGUUUAAACUUUUGGUUCUGCUCAGCAUUCUGCCCGGUAUUACUUUUGCGUUUCCUCCUUGCGCGAGAAGUCCCCAAGAGUCUAUGCAUGCAGGAAAAGACGUCUUUACAUCAAAAGAAGAAGCCAGCGUCUUCAUUCAUAGACGUCUCCUCCACAAUAGAUUCGACUUGGAACUCUUCACUCCUGGAGAUCUAGAAAGAGAGUGUAAUGAGGAACUGUGCAACUAUGAAGAAGCUAGAGAGAUCUUUGGGGACGAAGACAAAACGAUGGCGUUUUGGCAGGAUUAUUCAGUUCGAGGACCAAGCAAAAGAUCAGACGGUGAGAGAGAGAAGAUCGAUGUUAUGGGACUUCUGACUGGAUUAAUUGCAGCUGGAGUGUUCCUGGUUAUCACUGGAUUACUUGGUUACUAUCUCUGCAUCACCAAAUGCACAAGAAGAAGACAGCCAUGUUCCUCAGCUGUCUAUAUAAGAACGGGUCGACAUCAUCCAGCUAUUAUAUUUAGAAGACAAGAGGAAUCUGCCUUAACCCCACCAUCAUCUCUUCCCAUGGAGGACUCAGGACUGCCUUCUUAUGAACAAGCUGUGGCAUUGACUGGAAAAUAUGAUGUUCCCCCUCCUCCAUAUCCUGGGCCAGCAAGAGGGUUUAAGGUGUUUAAAAAGUCUAUGUCGCUACCUUCUCACUAAAUCCAAUAUCAAUGCGGAUGAUGGAUGUUUACUCCUAGAAGGUGCCAUGACUCAGUUCUCCAAUGGUUUAAAGGGCUGGCCAUUUCACUUCUGUAAAGGUUAUUAAGAACACAUGACUUUCACGAUGACUGUUCAUUUGCUCCAGCUAUAUGGACUUUUAUCUCUGACAUCAGAAUGAGUGAAUUGGCUUUGUUUUUUGGGGGCAGUUAUGAGGCAAGCACUGAUUUAAAUUUAGGAGUCUCCAGAUCAUCAGCCCAACUAGAUUAGGCAAAAGAUCACUAAUUAUAAUGUUCUGAAGGAAGAGGAACAUACCCACCACCACAGAAAGGGUUCUAAACUGGCUGUGUGGAGAACUGAACUAACAUUAACACAAGAAGUUCUUUUGCUCCGGGUCAUCUCGAGUCAAGAUACUAAAUAUUUUGUCUCCAGUUUAUUUUAACUCUUCAGCAAAGGAGAUCUUGUAGAAAGUUUUAAAAUCCCAUGAUGAAUCACUGGCCAUUAAAACAUAAAAAGAAUCUGAUGGUUAUUCUAUAUGAAGUAGCACACAAUGUUCCUUCCAGAUAUUUGUACUUUGAGAUUAUAUUAGCUAUACAGUAGUGGGGAGAAGGGAAAAAAACCAUCUUCAUUUUUCUUCUGUUCAAAUGACUGCUGCUGUUUUCAGAUUUGAAGAGUGGAGGUACAGUAACACAAGGUUGCAGAUCUGUUAGCUAGCUACUAUAGUUCCCAUUCUUUCCUACCACCAAAAAAAGGCUCAGUGACCAGGAGUCUCUAGAUUCUCUAUGAAUCUGCUUGUCCCAUGAGGAAAUAGAUGGAUUCUGUCUACAUGACUAUGUUUGGUUCCUAUGAGAUUACUCAGGUUCAGAGUUUUAUUCUAACUCAUAAUUAAUAGUUUCAUCCAGAAGGGAUAAUUUAUUUACCCUCUCAUUAAUCUACGUUCUUGUUAAAGAUGUGUACAAUUUUGUUACCAGUGACCCUUUGCACCUCUGUGGUAUGUUUUCUCAGGCAUUAAGGCACACUUAAAACGAUCAUUCAACCCACAUUUCCUAAAAUCCUCUCUUCCAUUGUCAUUCUUUCUUUAGACUUAACAGAACUUGAACUCUCUAUAUAUAGAUGUAUAGAUGUAUAUAUUUUCCCCCUGUGGGGUGAGAUCAAACAAUAGCAUAUUCCUGAGAUGGGAAAUAGAAGAUUCUAUUCCUUAAAUAUUUGUCAGUUAUUAUCUUAUUUUUUUUGUUUUAUAUGAUAAUUUACAGUUUUGCUUGUUUUUUAAUGGGGGGGGGAGGCCACAGUCCAUGUCAAUUUGAUGGUGCAUGCUAAACCAAAGUGGUACUGGUGGUUUAGACAAUAUGAAUCAUACAUAAGUUGAAGGGUUUUGUAUUCUUGGAUAAUAGGAUCUUAUUCAACAUAGUCAAAAACAAGAUCUUUGACGUUCUAAACUUCACAAAGCUUUGUACACUGGGCCCUUCCAUUGUAUGGCCCGCUUGUCAGUAACUUAGUUACAAACUCACAGAAUGUCAGAGGCAGACAUCUUACAUCUUCCUCGUACAGAGAGGAAGGCACUGGCCUAAUAUCACCCAGCUCAUACGUGGCAGAACCAGGAACUUCAUGUUUAAUUUUGGGAAAACUACACAUUACUAUCUACCAAAAAUACUGUAAAUUACUACCUUAAAUACUACUCAUUUUACAUAACAUUUUUUCUUGCAUUAGUAUAAAGACUUUUUGUAAAACUUACUUCUCUUCCACAACCUCUGUUUUCUGCCUUGGACAAUGGAUAAGCUAAGAUAACAGAUGUACCGCAGGGAGACCAAAAUCUCCCAGAAAAUUUGUGGCAGGACUGAAACGGAUGCUUUUUUCCAAGCUCCCACCUUGCUAACAAGACCAAUUACCUAAUUGUAUGUUAGUGAAAAUUUGUCCCUAUUUGAAAAUGGUGAUUAAAAGGUGCCUUCCCAGGGGGGUGGCUAGGUGGCACAGUGGAUAAAGCACCAGCCCUUGAAUUCAGGAGGACCUGAGUUCAAAUUUGACCUCAGACACUUGACGCUUACUAGCUGUGUGACCCUGGGCAAGUCACUCAACUCUCAUUGCCCCCCCCCCAAAGCAAAAAACACCCCCUCAAAAAUGGUGUCUUUCCCCUAAAUGACAGUUUUUCUUUGAAAUGUUUUUGUGAGUCCUGGCCACUGACACACAAGCUGUACGUCCAAAUUAGCUUCAGAAUGUCCAACUCCCUCCCUGCUGUGUACAGUUGGCACUUAUCACUUGCCAUAAAACUUUGAUAUGAAAUAAAUGAAUCUCUGAUUCAUCUUCAGAGGAACUGUGAAAUCCAUGGUGUUUGUAGAGUACCUCUGCAGUUCAUGAGAAGAGGGAAUACUCUAAUUGACAAAUGACUAUAUUAAAUACAACAUUUCAAUAGUAACUUAUUAUAAUUUUUAAAUGGUACCCUAUUACUUAUUUUUAUUCCUGGUUUUUGUUUUUGUUUUUGUUGUUGGUUAAUAUUAGCUAUGAGUAUCUCCAUUAUUUCAAAAUGCCAUCUCCUAGAGCUCCACUGAGCAGAAGAUUUCACAAAUAAUUAGAGUAGGGUUGGGAGUUUUUGGUUUUGUUUUCAUUUUAAAUUAGAGGUUGAACGGAACGAAGGCUUUACUUCAGUCUAAUUUGAAAGAGGCUGAUAAAUCAUAGCAGGGAGAUGGCUUCAGUGAGAUGACUCUACCUGGCCAACCAAGUCCAGGAGAUAAGUGAUUCACUUUCAGAAAGAAAACCUCUUUUAAAAAAAAAAAAAGAAGUCUGUGUGUGGUAUAUUGGCUCUUUCAAGAUAUCUGUAAAUUUCUAAUAGAGAAUAUAAGAAACUCAAGCUUAUUUAGAAAAGUUUAAAUAAAUAGCUGUUGUAUCUUUAUUUGUUAUUGUGGUCUAACCUACCAUUGUAUUUGGGGACUGGGCUAGGGGAGGGUAGAGGAACCUGCGGGAGGUAGGGGAGAGGUUUAACCCCUUACCUGGGGUUCUUUCAGCCUGUCUAGUCUUUGAAAUUCACAACAAUGUAUCCCCCUCCAAUAAAUUAUGUGUGUAUGUUUUUCAUGUGAAUAGAAAGUGAAUUGUUUAUGGUUCUCCGUGGCACACCAGCAGAACUAAAAAGAUGAGUAACUCCUUGAAUUGUUCCCCAAAACAUUCCAGCUCAUUCUUGCGUUUUUGACACGGGGCCUUCAUUUCUUGGAUGAGAAGUCACUUCCAUGACUGUUUUUGCAUCUUCAUUGAAUGUGAACUCAUCUAUUGUACCAAGUCAUUAAUUGAAUAUGAAACAAUUCAGAAAUGUGUGCUAAUGUGUAUGUGUAGAAAUAGUAUACAUAUGGCAUGUACAGUUGAUUCAUUUUCUGAGGGAUGUUUGUCAUUUCUUUGGAUAAAAAAAUUUCCAUGAUGUUUGGCUGAGUUAAGUGGUAUUAUUUAGAUCCUGCUGGAUGAGUGGACCAAAGUCUAUCUCUUCUAGGCACUAAGUCAGGCAGUCAAAUAACAUUUUAAGUGCCUGCCACAUACAAAACCUUGGAUAAGACAGUUCUGUUGGAUGAAGGAACUCCCAUGAUGACAGGCAGUGACUAAGCUGGCAUAACAUGGAACAAUAGGGGAAAAGACUGGACCUGUGAUUUCAUUGAUGAGAGCUCCCCUAGGAGGAAAAACAGGAAACAGAUUUACAAAAUUGGAUAAUAGAGGGGGUGAGCUAAUAAUUACAAUGAAUUUAAACAUUUUCAAAAUGGUGGGUUUUUUAAAAAAAUGACCCAAAAUGUUACUCAUUUUCUCCUCCAGAGACUGUAUAUGCUACAUAUUCAGAUACUUUAAUGAGGGUAUUGAGUAAUGUCCAUACUACAGGUCAGUCAUGUCAAUAGAAAACUGAAGACUGAUCUUAGUUAUUGACUCUACCUCCUCUGUUCCCUGGGGGGUCAAUUAUUCCUCCAGCAGGAUUUUGUUCCUACUUUUCAGGGAGCUUAUUAUUAGAAGAGAGAACCUAGGAUGGGGGGUGGCGGUGGGAAGAGUAGAGUCUGAUAAUGGAAAAGCUUAGCUUUUGGUGACAAUUAUAUUUAGUUUUUUAAAGUCAGAGGCUUCCACUGUGGGGCCUUUCUUCAAACCAGCCUAAUGUUCUAAAGUCUUCCAUUUAGGAGAAGGAGAGAGGGGAGAAGAUUUAAAUAUCACAUAUUUAAAAAUAAAACUUACAAAAUGGCGACAAAUCACCUACUGUGCACAAAACCAAUUGUUAGAAAAACAUUUUAGUUCUGAACCCAUUUAGAAUGGAUCCAUCUGCCAUUUUUGGAAGACUGGGUUUCUACAUCAGUGUAACUCGAUGCUGUAGAAAUUUAAUUUGUAUACUUUUUUCUAAUGUAAUAAUGUGCUGUGCUAUGUACUUCCUUCAAAAAUUUCUGAUCGUUUUUAAACAUUUCUCUUUGGUUAUGUAAGGCAGUCUGCCCAACAAGUAUUAGUAUUUUUAUACACUAGAACAAUCAACUUUUUAAA